CUCGGGUCAGAUAUAAAAGCUAUGUUAUGACCCGCAUAUAAAUAUCUUACUACAGCUCACGAGUACUCAUUUGCCCCUUUUUCUUCAUUUUUCUCCCCAAUUUUUUCCCCAAAAAGCUCGCAGAUAGUCUCUGCAUCGAUCUCGAUUCUUCUCCAUCUUGGUUUAUGAGCUCAAAGGAGAAACCCACUCUCGGUGGUACGCGGAUUAAGACCCGCAAACGGAAUAUUGCAGCGCCGCUGGACCCUGCAGCAUUUGCGGAUGCAGUGGUCCAGAUUUAUCUGGAUAAUGCUGGUGAUUUGGAACUUGUUGCUAAGAACCUUGAGUCUUCAGACCUCAACUUCUCAAGAUACGGUGAUACCUUUUUCGAGGUUGUCUUCAUUGGAGGCCGUACACAACCUGGAACAAUUAAACUUGAUGAAGGGGAGCGCCACCCUUAUUCUGUGAUUGAGUGUGAACCUAUACGUGAAGCCAUUUUGCCUUCUGUCAUCUAUGUUCAGAAGAUAUUGAGAAGAAGACCGUUUCUGAUAAAGAACCUUGAAAAUGUCAUGCGAAAAAUGUUGCAGUCUCUUGAACUCUUUGAGGAAAAUGAAAGGAUUAAGCUCUCAAUUUUUACAGCCCUUGCUUUUUCUCAGAAGCUUUCAGGCCUUCCCCCGGAAACUGUUCUCCAGCCAUUACUCAAAGACAACCUUGUUGCCAAAGGGCUAGUUCUCUCUUUCAUCACAGACUUUUUCAGGGAAUAUCUGAUUGACAACAGUAUUGAUGAUCUGAUCUCAAUCCUUAAGCGGGGUAAGAUGGAGGAUGAUCUUCUCGAGUUCUUCCCCUCUACUAAGAGGACGCCUGAAGCUGUCUCUGAGCAUUUCACCAAAGCUGGCCUUUUACCUUUGGUGGAAUAUAAUGAUAAGAAGAUAUUUGAGGUGAGGCUCAAGGAAAUGAAAACUACAUUAACAACUCAGCUAGCUGAAGAAGUUGCCAUCUCUGAAGUCAUAGAAACUGUGAAGCAGCAUGUCAAAGAUGCCAAGUUACCAGAUAUAGAGGUUGUGCGAAUUUUGUGGGAUGUCUUGAUGGAUGCUAUUCAAUGGUCAGGAAAGAACCAACAGCAAAAUGCUAAUUUUGCUCUUCGCCAGGUAAAAAAAUGGGCAGAACUGUUGAAUACUUUCUGCACCACUGGAAAGCUUGAAUUGGAACUAAUGUACAAAGUCCAAGUCCAGUGCUACGAGGAUGCUAAACUGAUGAAGCUGUUUCCCGAGAUUGUGAGGUCUCUUUAUGAACAAGAUGUGCUAGCAGAAGAUACCAUUCUUCACUGGUUCCGGAAAGGAACCAACCUUAAGGGCAGGCAAAACUUUGUCAAGUCGCUGGAGCCCUUUGUGAAAUGGCUAGAGGAGGCAGAGGAAGAGGAAUGAAUUUCUGGUCAAGUAUCAUCUCCGUUUAGCUGACCAUUUCUGAAACUUUUCCCGGAGAGUAGUUAUAUUCCGUUUUCGAGGAUUGAAAGAAUAAGAAAGACUUCUGAAUAUUCUCACAAUUUGACAGUUUGUUAUGCUGCUUCUUGAUGUUUGAAAACAUAAAUCUGUAUGGGUUUGCUAUUUUUGGACCUUUAUUUUCGUGGUA